AUGUCCUGGUCGCAAACAACCCUAACGCUCCCCUCGCGCUCCCGAGGCUCCUACCUUAUCACCGAUACGAUCCUCAAGGAGGUUCCGCAGAUCAAGGACUAUAAGGUCGGCCUGCUGAAUUUAUUUGUCCAGCAUACGAGCUGUGCGCUGAGCUUGAAUGAGAAUUGGGAUGAGGAUGUGAGGGCAGAUAUGAGUGAUGCGCUGGAUCGGAUUGCGCCCGAAUCUAAGAGGGGGAAUGAGAUCUAUAGACAUAGCGCUGAGGGCCCGGAUGAUAUGCCUGCCCAUAUUAAGAGCGCUUUGAUUGGUGCCAGUGUUACCAUUCCAAUUAGGAACGGAAAAUUGGCAACGGGUACAUGGCAAGGCAUAUGGUAUUUGGAGUUCCGAGCUAGCAACCAUUCGAGAAAGGUCGUUGCUACGAUCCAGGGUGAGAAAGCAUGA